AUGGAGAAAAUCACCCUGUUCGCUUUGAUCUGCCUGAUCGGGACUGCUGUGGCCACUCCGAUGGGUUUCACCCACGCAACGACUUCACCCAAGCAGGCGGGCACUGCUCCAGGGGUUGUUCACUGGACCACGGGCGUCCAAACCAAGGGUUCCACGGCUCUUAACCAAACAAAGACCACAACUAACGGUAAACCUACAGUUCAGGCCGUAAAAGUAACAGCUACUACCGCAGCGCUGCCAGUCGUUCACAACUCCAGUGCCGUCCAGGGAUCCACGACGACCGUAGACACAACAUUACCCGCUGCAUCUGAUACCAAGACUCAGGCACCUAAUGAGGCCACAACUCCGCCUCCAGCUCAUUCUGAGGAGACUGUGACCACCACUGAAGCCGCAACAACCGUAGCAGUAACUGAGCAAAUCAUUCAAAAAGAGGCUCAGUCUGCUAAGCAGAAGCAACGCAAGGCGAAGAAGUUCGUUUGA